AUGGCGGUAACGGGCAUCUCAGGCGCGGACAGAGCACGCGGUCUGCUCAAUGGGAUUCCCGAUCGCUUCCAAGAGUUCUGCAAGAUGGAUCAGGUCACCUUUGUCGACCUCGCCGACUGGCUCGUGGAGCACGCCGACCGAAGAGACCCCAUCCCAAAGGAGAUCAGCGUGGAGGAGUGUAUGUUCGUGUUCCUGGACAUAGCAGCGCAAGGGAGCAGUUUCCGGAUGGCGUCCUACAACUGGGACCAUGAUGUCAAGCUCACCCAACUCAUCUUCCUCAACAUGGUCGAAGAGCUCUCCAAGCUGCGCGAGAAGGAGCAGUGGUCCCCUUCAUGCCCGUCCUUUCAACAGAGCCGGAAUCGAUGGCGAGUCCUCCGCGGGUCUCGCGCCGGGAAGUCAAGAAUGGACGGCCUCAUCAAGAUCGGCGAUGACCGCGAGACGGGCGACGGCCUCGAGAUCGACCAGGAAAACCUUAUAUCGGCCUUGACAGCGCUGAACAACUUCAUUUACGAGCACCACGAAUUCUAUUCCUAG